AUGCCCCAUUCUAACCAUUCCACUGAAGUGAGGCUGGGCGGAGAAGUUCUUCCUUCCUUCUCCGAAGCGUCUUCUUGUUCAACAGAUAAGGUCAAGUGCUUCUCAGACUACAUGAUGUGGAUCCCCAGGAGAGAUUUCGGCAGUUUGAGGCAGUUGCUGAGCAGGACUCUGCACUUACCAGCAAAUUACAGGUUGGAAAUCAGAAUAUUUCAAACAGGGGUGAAAAGGUUGGAGCAGAGCGUCUGCUUCAGAAUGAAGUGUCCACCGUUAACGUCCAGGCGGGGCCAGGAGCGUGUCUACUGUGGGUCCACAUUCGUUCAAGUGACAGGCUCAGAGGGCCCAGGGGACGCGGCGGGGGUCUCCCUGACGCUGCCCCUGGGAAGCGCCGGUGGCCAGGGUCCCCCAGUGCGCCUUCUCCCGGAGCCCCUAGUGACCAUGCCUCCUUGGCCUGUUUACGAGUGUGUCCUGUUUCUUCAGACCUGGGGGCUGCUGGCCGCUCUGAAAGAUGCCAGCCUGGUGGGAUUCCCUGCGGACAUCAACACCGCGGCCGUCAUCCGAAGUCCAAGGCGAGACCUUCUUCGGGGAGAGCCAGGGGUCUUACUCGACAUCCCAAAGCAGAGACUGGGUCUGGCCAAAAAAGGCUGCCAUGUGGAGGAAAUCCUGGUUCGAGUCUAUCAGUCCAGCACCUUCACGGUGACCCAAAAUAGACAAUGCCAGGAGGACCAAGAAGCCUCGGGAAUGCAGGCUGUCUGUAGGGUAGCCCUGAACCUGCAAUGUGCCAAGAUGGCAGCCCCCGCCCGGACAGUGGAGAGCUACUUCCAGCCUGUGGGCCAGCGAGUCACCGUGGGGGUGUGCCUGCUGGACGCCGGGACCCACGUCUUGAAAGGGGUCUUCGGGGACAGCACGGCUAACAGACAACCUGAACAGUCCCCAGAGAAAACGGGGGCCCCCAAGAGCUCCCAUCUGAGGGCAGCCGGCUUCCAGCUGUCCUGCCCGGUCCACAGCCCCCAGGGCCUUGAGGCAGAAGGAGGUGCUGCCUCUCUGGGGUCCAAACGGCCCAAAGGGCUCCUGGUCUCAAGGCCAUCCAUUUCCCUGACUCUAGGAAGUAUAAGGCCUGAGCAGGGCCCCACCCGGCCACCAGAAAGCCCUCUCCUGCUGGAAAUAUUGUCCAAUGCUGGAGCUGCAGGUGGCCUCCUGGGCAGCGGUGGUGUAGGGGCAGCAGGAAGGGCCCCAGGCCACUCGAAGGAGGAGCUGUGGAUGGCGGGGAGGAGCGGGGACCCUGGGUGGGUGACGGUCCUCACACUCAACAUCUUCACCAACAUCACUGCCAGGGGCAGCGGGCAGCAGGCAGGUCCUGGUGGGCAGCGAGAGGCGGUGGCCUAA